AUGGAGCUCCCUGCAGAGGACAGCAGACUGGCCUUUAUACGGGACUAUGUGCUGAGGACCCUCAGACUACAGCAGGACAGGUGGCACAGGUGUAUGUCCAGCGAGGACAACCAGCGGAUUCUGCAGGACUUCCUGGACCGGGCCGAGCAGCGGACUCUGGUGAUGUCUUUGACCGCAGCCGGGCAGCUGCAGCCCGCUGCCGCCUUCACCUACUCUCCCGCCUCCAGCUGCAGGGUCAGGGCUGUGUACUUUGUGAAGAACAGCCGGAGCGCGCUGCGUCAGGACUGCAUGAAGGAGAGCCUGCUGUACGGGGACCUGUCCCACAAUCCACUGCAGCACUUCUCUGCUCUGGUUGAGGAGGUUGUGGCCCCUCUGCUGUUUAAUAGUAAGAACCACACUGAAUGGCCCCAGGUUGUGUCUCAGGACGUCAGACGCCACGUCCACUCCCUCAGGACUCAUGUGUUUGUGGUGUCAGGCCAAGUCCACGGCAAGACGCUGCUGCCUCUACCUGCAGGCUGCGGGAAGGUGGAGCAUGCUGACCUGGAGACAGACAAACGUGGGGAGAUGGUGAAUAAGAGCAUCAUCCACUCCCUGGAGUCAGCAGUGAUUGAGUGGAGCCAUCAGAUCCACGCUGUCCUGAAGAAAGACUCCUCUGAGGCCCUGCUGGAUGGCCAAACGCCCACACCUCACACAGAGCUGCUCUUCUGGAGGAACAGACAUGCAGACCUGGAGUGCAUCCACUCCCAGUUAAAUUCCUCCAAGGUGAAUAAGAUGGCGCUGCUGUUGGAGGCUGUGGAGAGCAGCUAUGCUCCUGCUUUCACCAGCCUGCAGCAGGGGCUACUGGCAGCAUUGGAGGAGGCAGAGGACGUGUGCACCUACCUGAGGCCCCUGCAGCCACUCUUCGAGGAGAUGGAGAGCGCUGAGUUUCCUGAUGUUAGGGGUCAGAUCGGUCCUUUGAUGCACACGGUGUGCCUGGUGUGGGCCAACUCCAGAUACUACAACACCCCCGCACGCCUCAUCGUUCUGCUGCAGGAGACCUCAAACCUCCUCAUCCAGCAGGCUCGGUCGUAUCUGGUCCCAGAGGAGAUACUGAGAGAAGAGCUUUCAGAGAGUCUCCAGAGGGUGCAGACCACCCUGGAGACCCUGCAGCUCUUCAGGAGCACGUACGAGGAGCAGAGGGCCAGUCUGAGCCAGUACCAGAGGAACGGAGGCCCUGUGAGGCCCUGGGACUUUUCCCCACUGUUGGUCUUCUCUGGACUUGAGUGCUUUAUUAACAGAGUUGGGAGCAUUAAGGACCUCCUGCUGACAGCUGUGGACCUGCUGAAGCUGGAGAAAUUAGAGGUUGGAGGAGUCCGGGGCCGAGCCCUCAGCCAGCAGGUCCAGGUGCUUCACCAGGGGUUUGUGGAAACGUACAAACGGUUCACAGAGAAGCCCUAUGACUGCCUGGACCUUAGCAACAAGGAGUAUGAAGAAGAUCUGAGGCAGUUCAAACUCAAGGUGGACGACACAGACAGACAAGUAGGAGCCAUCUUCUGUCAGGCCUUCGAGGAAGCCUCUGGACUGGAGCAUGCCUUCAAGGUUCUGGACAUGUUUGGGGGCAUGCUGGAGCGCCCGUUAGUGGCCACAGAUGCUCUGGACAGAUACCCUCUGCUUGUCUCCAUGUUUGACAGAGAGCUGGACUGCUGUAAACGCCUUUACAACAAACACAUCCAAACUGCAGAGCAGCGGGGUUGGGCUCCAGUGAAUAGGAACAUGCCAGCAGUAGCUGGCACACUGCGAUGGGCCCAGGAGCUUCAGCAGCGCAUCAAGACCCCCUUCUCAAAUUUCAGACACCUCUCCUACCCGUGCCUUGAGUCUGCAGAGGGAGCCAGGGUCCUUCACAAGUAUGAGGAAAUGAUGCAACUGCUGGACAGAUACUCCAGCAGCCUGUAUGAGGCAUGGACAGAGAGCCUGAGUGAGAGUUCUCAGUACAACCUCAGCCUGCCGCUGAUCAGCAGGGACCCGGGGACCUGGCUCCUCUCUGUCAACUUCAGUCCGCAGCUGGCGUCAGUGCUGAGGGAGGUGAAGUACUUUGAAGCCCGACAGACCGAGAACAUUCCUGAAGCUGCAGUGCAGAUCUACAGCAGCAGGGGACAGCUGUGGCAGUAUGUGGCCAACCUGGAGCUCACUGUGGGCAGAUACAAUAAGGUGCUGCGCUCUGUGCUGGAGGUGGAGCAACCUCUGGUUCGGGUCCAGCUCAGGGACAUCGACGCUCAGCUCAAAGAGGCAGAGGAGAGUCUGAACUGGAACAGCGAAGGGAUCUGGCAGUAUAUCCAAGAAGUGCGAGAUUCCAUCUGUGAUCUAGAGAGCCGCCUCCAGAGGACCAGGGACAACCUGGAGGACAUCCAAAGCUGCAUGCGGUCCUUGGCCUGCCCUAUGUUUGACAGGAAGGAGGGCAAGAAAGACGCACUGCUCAGCCUGGAGGACAGGGUAGAGAGGAGAGACAGGUUUUACACUGGCACACGCGACUCUGGAGAGAAGAUCCACUUCCUGCUCAAGAGCAAUCUGGAGUUGUUCAGAGCGGAGCAGAGCUCAGAGGAGUGGAAGGCGUACGUCGAGUACAUCGACGACAUGAUCACAGAGGGAUUCUUCAACAGCAUCAAGUGCUCUCUUAACUUCUUCCUUGUCAACACAGACCAGGGAGCGGGAGUGGCUCCUCUGUUUGAGGCUCAGCUGGAUCUGAGGGUUCCUGAGAUGGUUUUCUCUCCGUCUCUGGAGCGCGGGGCAGCAGACAGUUUGUUUGAGUUGGUAGAAAGCCUCAUCAAUGAUGUGUUCAGAAUCUCCUCGCUGGUGCCACGCCUCAGCCAGCAGAGCCCCUCCCCCCACUACCAGGCUGACAUGGAGGACAUGGCUGAUCUGGCAGACAUGCGUCAUCUCAUCAUGGAACGUGUGCAGGGCGUCAUGGCAACGUGCUGUGAAUUUCGCAACACACUGGAACACUACAGCUACCUGUACGUGGACGACAGGAAGGAGUUCAUACGUCACUUCCUGCUGAAUGGACACAUUGUCAGCAGCCAGGAGAUGGAGGUUAACCCUGACAGCAGUUCUUUGAACAGCCCCCCCACACUGGAUGACUUUAGAGAACAGGUGGACAGGUAUGAGAGAAUCUACGAGGAGGUGCAGACCUUGGAGCCAGUGCACGUGUUCCUGGGCUGGAUGAGGGUGGAUGGCCGUAGCAUGAAGAGUGCCCUGCUGAACCUCAUCAAAAAGUGGAGCUUCAUGUUCAAACAGCACCUCAUCGAUCAUGUCACUAGCAGCCUGGCAGACCUGGAGAAGUUUAUCAGUGAGGCUGAAGCUGGUCUGAGCCAGCCGGUGGAGCAGGGGGACUAUGGUGGUCUGGUGGGGGUCUUGAGUCUCCUGCUGGCUGUGAAGGAAAGACUUACCCGCACAGAUGCCAUUUUUGAGCCCCUGCAGCAAACCAUUGGUCUGCUGAAGGUCUAUGGUCAGGAGCUGCCUGAGGUGGUCUACACACAGCUGGAGGAGCUGCCGGAGAAGUGGAACAAUGUAAAGAAGCAGGCUGUGCUCGUCAAACAGCAGGUGGCGCCGCUGCAGGCCAUCGAGGUGGCGAGCCUGCGUCAGAAGUGUGCAUCCUUUGAUGUGGAGCAACACCGGUUCAGGGAGCACUUUCACAGCAACGGGCCUUUCAGGUCUGACAGUGAAAGUCCCUUCCAGAUUCUGGAUGCGUUCCAGCGGCAGCUUCAGGAGCAAGAGGAGGUGAUGGCGUCCCUGCUGGAGUCUGCCAGCCUGUUCGAGGUCACGGUCUCCGAGUACAAACAGCUCCGACAGUGCAGGCGCGAGGUGGUGCUGCUGAAGGAGCUGUGGGACAUGGUCACUGUGGUGGAGUCAAGCAUGACAGCAUGGAGGAGGACCCCCUGGAGGGAGAUAAAUGUGGAGGACAUGGAGCUGGAGUGCAAACGCUUCUCUAAAGAUAUACGGGGGCUGGACAAAGAGGUCAGAGCGUGGGAGGCCUUCUCAGGUCUGGACAGCAGGGUGAAGAACCUGCUCACCUCGAUUCGGGCCAUGGCGGAGCUGCAGAACCCGGCCAUACGAGCCCGACAUUGGCAUCAGCUGAUGGCUGCUACAGGAGUCCACUUCACCAUGGACCAGGACACCACUCUGGCGGACCUGCUGCAGCUGAACCUGCACUGCUUUGAAGAGGAUGUGAGAGGGAUCGUGGACAAGGCUGUUAAAGAGAUGGCUAUGGAGAAAGUCCUCUCUGAGCUCAACUCCACAUGGGCAGCAAUGCAGUUCCAGUACAUGCCCCACCAGCGAAACCAGGUGCCUCUGAUGUGCAUAGACGAGCAGCUGAUUGAGAUGCUGGAAGACAACCAGGUGCAGCUUCAGAACCUCAUGUCAUCGAAGUACAUCGGCCACUUCCUGGAUGAGGUGUCGUCAUGGCAAAACAAGCUGUCAGUGGCCGACUCGGUCAUCUCCAUGUGGUUGGAGGUGCAGCAGACAUGGACCCACCUUGAAAGCAUCUUUAUUGGCUCAGAGGACAUCCGCUCACAGCUGCCUGAGGACUCCAGGCGCUUCGGGGGGAUUGAUGCAGAUUUCAAAGAGCUGGCAAACGCUGUGCAUCAAACGCCCAAUGUAAUGGAGGCCACCAAUAAAGUGGGUCUGUUUUGUAAACUGGAGGACAUCCAGAGCAGGCUGUCUCUAUGUGAAAAAGCUCUGUCUGAAUACCUGGACACCAAGCGUCUGGCCUUCCCCAGAUUCUACUUCAUCUCUUCAGCUGAUCUGCUGGACAUCCUGUCCAAUGGGACCAACCCACAGCAGGUGGAGAAGCAUCUGUCAAAGCUGUUUGACAACAUGGCUAAGAUGCGAUUUGAUGCAGAUGAAGAGGAGAGCCCUGCAAAGACUGCUGUGGGCAUGUACAGCAGGGAGGGAGAGUACGUCUCCUUCAGUCAGCCCUGUGACUGCAGCGGACAGGUGGAGCUGUGGCUGAACCGGGUUCUGGACAGCAUGCGCUCCACGGUGCGACACGAGCUGAGCAACGCAGUGACGGCCUCCGAGGACAAACCCAGGGAGCAGUGGCUGUUUGACUAUCCAGCUCAGGUAGCACUGACGUGCACUCAGAUCUGGUGGACGUCUGAUGUGGGCAUGGCCUUUGUCCGCUUGGAGGAGGGCUACGACAAUGCCAUGAAGGAGUUCCACAGGAAGCAAGUUACCCAGCUCAACAACCUCAUUUCCAUGCUGAUUGGGCAGCUUACGCUGGGCGAUCGGCAGAAGGUCAUGACAAUCUGCACCAUCGACGUCCACGCCAGGGACGUGGUGGCCAAGAUGAUCGCUCACAAGGUGGAGAACUCCCAGGCCUUCGUAUGGCUCUCCCAGCUGAGACACCGUUGGGAUGAGAAAGACAAACAUUGUUUUUCCAACAUCUGUGAUGCACAGUUCCUCUACUCUUAUGAAUACCUUGGCAACACCCCCCGAUUAGUCAUCACUCCUCUUACAGACAGGUGCUACAUCACCCUGACCCAGUCCCUGCAUCUGACCAUGAGUGGAGCUCCAGCAGGGCCCGCAGGCACAGGGAAGACUGAGACCACCAAGGAUCUGGGCAGAGCUCUCGGCAUCAUGGUCUAUGUGUUUAACUGCUCUGAGCAGAUGGACUACAAGUCCUGUGGGAACAUCUAUAAAGGCCUGGCUCAGACGGGGGCAUGGGGCUGCUUUGAUGAAUUUAACCGGAUCUCAGUGGAGGUGCUGUCUGUGGUGGCGGUACAGGUCAAAAGCAUCCAGGAUGCCAUUCGAGACAAAAAGCAGAGGUUUAUCUUCAUGGGAGAGGAAGUGAGCCUCUGCCCCUCUGUCGGCAUCUUCAUCACCAUGAACCCAGGAUACGCCGGUCGGACGGAGCUUCCGGAGAACCUCAAGGCUCUGUUCAGACCGUGUGCCAUGGUGGUGCCGGACUUCGAGCUGAUUUGUGAGAUCAUGCUGGUGGCCGAGGGCUUCGUGCACGCUCGGUUCCUGGCCAGGAAGUUCAUCACCCUGUACACACUGUGUAAAGAGCUGUUGUCCAAACAGGACCACUAUGACUGGGGUCUGCGGGCCAUCAAGUCGGUCCUGGUGGUGGCCGGCUCUCUAAAGAGAGGAGACCCUGGCCGGGCGGAGGACCAGGUGUUGAUGAGAGCUUUGAGAGACUUCAACAUCCCCAAGAUUGUGACCAAUGACAUGCCCGUGUUCAUGGGCCUGAUAGGUGACCUGUUUCCUGCUCUGGAUGUUCCCAGAAAGAGAGACCUGGACUUUGAGAAACACGUGAAGGAGUCCAUUUUGGAUUUGAAGUUACAGGCAGAUGAAAAUUUUGUCCUUAAGGUGGUGCAGCUGGAGGAGCUGCUGGCAGUGCGUCACUCGGUGUUUGUGAUCGGGAGUGCUGGUACGGGGAAGAGUCAGGUGAUGAGGUCACUCCACAUGACCUAUCAGAACAUGAAGCGCAGACCGGUGUGGGUGGACCUUAACCCAAAGGCUGUGACCAAUGACGAGCUCUUUGGCAUUAUCAACCCGGCAACCAGAGAGUGGAAAGAUGGCCUGUUCUCCAGAAUCAUGCGUGAACUGGCCAGCGUCAGUCACAGCGGACCCAAGUGGAUAGUGCUGGACGGAGACAUCGACCCCAUGUGGAUCGAGUCACUAAACACAGUCAUGGAUGAUAACAAGGUGCUGACCCUGGCCAGUAACGAGCGGAUCUCUCUGAACCCCACCAUGAGGCUGGUGUUUGAGAUUAGCCACCUUCGCACUGCCACCCCUGCUACAGUCUCUAGAGCAGGGAUCCUGUACAUAAACCCAGCAGACCUCGGCUGGAACCCCUCGGUUUCCAGCUGGAUUGACAAGAGGGAGGUCCAAUCAGAGAAGGCUAACCUGACAAUACUGUUUGACAAGUACCUCCCCUCCUGCCUGGAUGUCCUCAGAUCAAGAUUUAAGAAGAUCAUCCCAGUCCCGGAGCAGAGCAUGGUCCAGAUGCUGUGUUACUUGCUGGAGUGUCUGCUGACUCCAGAACACACCCCGGCAGACUGCGCCAAGGAACUGUAUGAGCUCUAUUUUGUAUUUGCUGCUGUCUGGGCCUUCGGGGGAGCCAUGUUCCAGGACCAGCUGCUGGACUACAGAGUGGAGUUCAGCAAGUGGUGGGUGUCCGAGUUCAAAAGCAUCAAGUUCCCCUCCCAGGGCACCGUCUUUGAUUACUACAUCGACCCCCACAGUAAGAAGUUCGAGCCCUGGUCCAGGAUGGUGCCCAAUUUCGAGAUGGAAACAGAAACUCCUCUUCAGGCGUGCGUGGUCCACACCACAGAGACCAUCCGAGUGGGGUACUUCAUGGAGCGCCUCCUGGAACACCGGCGGCCCGUCAUGCUGGUGGGGGGUGCAGGGACAGGGAAGUCCGUCCUGGUUAGGAACAAACUGGGAUUGCUGGACGCAGAGAAAUACAUGAUUACAGAUGUCCCCUUUAACUAUUACACCACAUCUGCCAUGCUCCAAGCUGUGUUGGAGAAGCCCCUGGAGAAGAAAGCAGGGCGGAACUACGGACCAGCAGGCAGCCGGAGGAUGAUUUACUUCAUAGACGACAUGAAUAUGCCCGAGGUGGACGCUUAUGGAACUGUGCAACCUCACACACUCAUACGCCAACACAUGGACUACAACCACUGGUAUGACCGCAAUAAGCUACUUCAGAAAGAAAUACACAGUGUUCAAUACGUGUCCUGCAUGAACCCUACAGCAGGCAGCUUUACAAUCAACCCACGGCUGCAGCGCCACUUCUCCGUCUUCGCCCUGUCUUUCCCCGGAGCCGAGGCCCUGAGCCACAUCUAUACCUCCAUCCUGUCUCAGCACCUAAGCGGGGGAGGCUUCAGCGCUGCCGUGCGGAAGAGCUGCCCCCGCCUCGUCCUGUUCUCCUUGGCCCUGCACCAGCGUCUCUCCUCCACCUUCCUCCCGACUGCAGUCAAGUUCCACUACAUCUUCAACCUGCGAGACCUCUCCAACAUCUUCCAGGGUAUUCUCUUCUGUACCGCCGAGUGUCUGAAAGCCCCCCCGGACCUGCUGAAAAUCUAUCUGCACGAGUCCAAUAGGGUCUACAGAGACAAGCUGGUGGAGGAGCAGGACCUCCAGGCCUUUGAUAAGCUGCAGGCGGACACAGUGAAAAAGUUUUAUGAGGAUGUGGAGGAGCCUCUGGAGGGGACCAGGGAGAUUAACCUGUACUGUCACUUUGCCCGGGGGCCGGGGGGGGGGUACAUGUCUGCAGGUUCGUGGAGCAGCCUGCAUCACACCAUGCUGGAGCUGCUGGACGGCUACAACGAGGUCAACGCCAAACUGAACCUGGUGCUGUUUGAGGACGCCAUGGCUCACAUCUGCCGUAUAAACAGAAUCCUGGAGUCUCCGCGGGGGAAUGCGCUGCUGGUGGGAGUGGGCGGCAGCGGCAAGCAGAGUCUGACCCGACUGGCUGCUUUCAUCUCCAACCUGGAGGUCUUCCAGAUCACCCUGAGGAAAGGAUACGGUAUCGCCGACCUCAAGACGGACCUGGCGUCUCUCUGCCUCAGAGCGGGCGUGAAGAACAUCGGCACUGUGUUCCUGAUGACUGACACCCAGGUGGCAGAUGAGAAGUUUCUGGUUCUGGUCAAUGAUCUGCUGGCAUCGGGCGAGAUUCCUGACCUGUUCCCAGACGACGAGGUGGAGAACAUCAUUGGCAGCGUGAGGCCAGAGGUCCGCAGCUCGGGAUUGAUGGAUUCAAGGGAAAACUGCUGGAAGUUCUUCAUCGACCGGGUUCGCAGACAGCUCAAGGUGGCUUUGUGUUUCUCUCCGGUGGGGAGUACACUGAGGGUCCGCAGCAGGAGGUUCCCGGCUCUGGUGAACUGUACAGCCAUCGACUGGUUCCACGAGUGGCCACAGGAGGCGCUGGAGUCGGUCAGCUUCAAGUUCCUCCAGGAGGUGGAGAACAUUGAACCUCAGGUGAAGCAGUCGGUCAGUAAAUUCAUGGCCUUCAUCCACAUGACUGUCAAUGACACAUCCAAAGAGUACCUGGCCAACGAGCGGCGGUACAACUACACCACCCCCAAAUCCUUCCUGGAGCAGAUCCAGCUGUACGACAGUCUGCUGCGCCUGAAGAGCAGCGAGCUCACCAGCAGGACGGAGCGGCUGGAGAGCGGCCUGCAGAAGCUCAGCAGCACCUCUGCCCAGGUGGAUGAUCUCAAGGCCAAGCUGGCUGCACAGGAAGUUGAACUCCAGCAGAAGAACGAGGACGCUGACACGCUGAUCCAGGUGGUCGGGAUAGAAACUGAGAAGGUGUCCAAGGAGAAAGCAGGAGCUGAUGAGGAGGAGCAGAAGGUGGCAGCUAUAGCCGUGGUGGUCAGCGGCAAACAAAGAGACUGUGAGGAGGACUUGGAAAAGGCUGAACCCGCGCUGCUCGCCGCUCAGGACGCCCUCCACACUCUCAACAAGAACAACCUGACAGAGUUGAAGUCCUUUGGCUCUCCGGUGGCGGCAGUGACCAACGUCACAGCCGCAGUCAUGGUGCUGACAGCGUCCGGUGGCAAAGUGCCAAAGGAUCGCAGCUGGAAGGCCGCAAAGGUGAUGAUGGCCAAAGUGGACGCAUUCCUGGACUCUCUGAUCAACUUCAAUAAGGAGAAGAUCCCAGAGGCCUGCCUGAAAGCCAUCCAGCCCUACCUGCAGGAUCCAGAGUUCCAGCCGGAUCUGGUGGCGUCCAAGUCGAAUGCGGCAGCUGGCCUGUGCUCCUGGGUCUUAAACAUCGUCAAAUUCUACCAGGUUUACUGCGAGGUGGAGCCCAAGCGGCAGGCUUUGAGCAAGGCCAACGCAGAGCUGGCUGCUGCACAGGGGAAGCUCUCCGCCAUCAAGCACAAGAUCACUCUCCUAAAUGAGAACCUGGCUAAGCUGACAGCCAAGUUUGAGAAAGCCACCACAGAAAAGCUGAAAUGCCAACAGGAAGCAGAGUCAACCGCUCGCACCAUCUCCCUGGCCAACCGUCUGGUGGGGGGUCUGGCCUCGGAGAACGUCCGCUGGGCAGAGGCCAUACAGAGCUUUAAGAAGCAGGAGAGGACUCUGUGUGGGGACGUCCUCCUCACCACCGCCUUCAUCUCCUACCUGGGAUACUUCACCAAACCCUACCGGCUGCAGCUGAUGGAGCACAGCUGGAGGCCGUACCUCAGCCAGCUGCAGGUCCCCAUCCCAGUGACCCCUGACCUGGACCCUCUCACCAUGUUGACAGACGACGCAGACAUCGCUGCCUGGCAGAACGAGGGGCUGCCCGCCGACAGGAUGUCCACUGACAAUGCCACAAUUCUGACUUCCUGCCAGCGCUGGCCCCUCAUGGUGGACCCCCAGCUGCAAGGUAUCCAGUGGAUCAAAACCAAAUAUGGCGAAAGCCUACGCAGCGUCCGCAUCGGACAGAGAGGGUACCUGGACACCAUUGAGAGAGCUCUGGCAGCAGGGGAUGUGGUUCUGAUAGAAAACUUGGAGGAAACAUUGGACCCCGUUCUUGGACCUCUACUGGGCAGAGAAACCAUAAAGAAGGGCAGGUACAUUAAGAUUGGCGACAAGGAGUGUGAGUACAACCCCAACUUCCGCCUCAUCCUGCACACCAAGCUGGCCAGCCCCCACUACCAGCCGGAGCUGCAGGCCCAGUGCACCCUGAUCAACUUCACCGUGACCCGGGACGGCCUGGUGGAGCAACUGCUGGCUGCCACAGUCACCAUGGAGAGACCGGACCUGGAGCAGCUGAAGUUCGACCUGACCAAGCAGCAAAUCAGUUUCAAGAUCACUUUGAAGACGCUGGAGGACAACCUGUUGUCCCGUCUGUCCUCAGCUUCAGGGAAUUUCCUGGGAGACAAGGAACUGGUGGAAAACCUGGAGACAACCAAACGCACCGCCGGAGAGAUUGAAGAGAAGGUAAAAGAAGCCAAGGUGACAGAGGCCAGAAUCAACGAGGCCCGGGAGUACUACAGGCCGGCGGCAGCUCGGGCUUCCUUAUUGUACUUCAUAAUGAACGACCUCAAUAAAAUCCACCCCAUGUACCAGUUCUCUCUCAAGGCUUUCAGUGUGGUGUUCCAGAGAGCGGUUCUGAGGGCAGAGCCUGACGAAGCUCUGAAGCAGCGGCUGUCCAACCUAAUGGACAGCAUCACCUCCUCAGUCUUCCAGUACACCACCAGAGGCCUGUUUGAGUGUGACAAGCUCACGUACAUCGCUCAGCUCACCUUCCAGAUCCUGCUGAGGAAUAAAGAAAUAAACCCUGCAGAGCUGGACUUCCUCCUGAGAUACCCUGUCCAACCAGCUGUGAUAUCACCGCUGGAUUUCCUCUCCAACCACUCCUGGGGGGGUCUCAAGUCCCUGUGCUCCAUGGAGGAGUUCAGGAACCUGGACCGAGACAUUGAGGGCUCGGCCAAGCGAUGGAAGAAAUUUGUGGAGUCUGAAUGUCCAGAAAAAGAGAAACUCCCUCAGGAGUGGAAGAACAAAACCUCUGUCCAGAGACUGUGCAUAAUGAGGGCCCUGAGGCCGGACCGCAUGACGUACGCUGUCAGAGACUUUGUGGAGGAGAAACUGGGCAGCAAGUACGUGAUUGGCAGAUCACUGGACUUUGCGGUCUCCUUUGAAGAGUCGGGUCCAGCUACGCCCAUGUGCUUCAUCCUCUCUCCUGGAGUUGAUCCUUUGAAGGAUGUCGAGAAACAUGGGAAAAGGCUGGGUUACACAUUUGACAAUAAGAACUUCCACAAUGUGUCCCUGGGUCAGGGGCAGGAGGUGGUAGCUGAACAGGCCCUCCAUCUGGCAGCUAGGAGCGGCCACUGGGUGAUAUUACAGAAUAUCCACUUGGUGGCUCGCUGGCUGGGAACUUUAGAGAAACUUCUGGAGCAGCACGCUGAGGGAAGCCACGAGAACUUCAGGGUGUUUGUGAGUGCUGAGCCCUCCUCCAGCGCUAAGGGCCACAUCAUCCCGCAGGGCAUUCUGGAGAAUUCCAUCAAGAUCACCAAUGAACCGCCAAGUGGCAUGCAGGCCAAGUUGCACAAGGCCCUGGAUAACUUCAACCAGGACACACUGGAUAUGUGUGUGCGAGAGAAUGAGUUUAAGAGCAUUCUGUUUGCCCUGUGCUACUUCCAUGCGGUGGUGGCAGAGAGGAGGAAGUUUGGUCCUCAGGGCUGGAACAGAUCGUACCCCUUUAACACUGGAGACCUCACCAUUUCCAUCAGCGUCCUCUACAACUACCUGGAGGCCAAUCCUAAGGUGCCAUACGAUGACCUGCGCUACUUGUUCGGGGAGAUCAUGUACGGGGGUCACAUCACAGAUGAUUGGGAUCGCCGUCUCUGUCGGACCUACCUGGAGGAAUUCAUCCAGCCGGAGAUGAUGGAGGGAGGGCUGCACCUGGCGCCCGGCUUCCUCUUGCCUGGAAACAUGGACUACCAAAGCUACCACAAGUACAUCGACCAACACUUACCUGCCGAGUCUCCCUACCUGUAUGGCCUUCAUUCCAACGCUGAGAUCGGGUUCCUCACACAAACCUCUGAGAAGCUUUUCCGCACAGUGCUAGAGAUGCAGCCCCGGGACGGAGGAGUCGGGGAGGGUGGUGGGACUACACUUGAGGAAAAAGUGCGUGUGGUGCUGGAGGAGAUCAUGGAGAAGCUCCCGGAGGAAUUCAACAUGGUGGAUCUGCUGGGGAAGGCAGAAGAGAGGACUCCCUACCAGGUGGUGGCACUGCAGGAGUGUGAGCGCAUGAACUUCCUCACGCUGGAGAUGAGACGCUCCCUCCGCGAGCUCAGCCUGGGUCUCAAGGGAGAGUUAACCAUGACCAGUGAAAUGGAGAACCUUCAGAAUGCUAUUUUUCUGGACAUGGUGCCAGACGGUUGGACUAAGCGGGCGUACCCCUCCUUGUCCGGCCUGGCGCUGUGGUUGUCUGACCUGCUGCUCAGGAUCAAGGAGCUGGAGGCUUGGUCAGCAGACUUCGUCUUACCCUCUGUGGUGUGGCUGGCUGGCUUCUUUAACCCACAGUCCUUCCUCACAGCUAUCAUGCAGGCAAUGGCUCGAAGGAAUGAGUGGCCUCUGGACAGGAUGUGUCUUCAGUGUGAUGUCACCAAGAAAAACCGUGAGGACUUCACUCUGCCGCCCCGUGAUGGAGCCUACUUACACGGGCUGUACAUGGAGGGCGCACGCUGGGACUCCCAGACUGGCUUGAUUGCAGAUGCCCGUCUGAAAGAGCUCACUCCAACCAUGCCAGUCAUCUUUCUCAGGGCCAUUCCUGAGGACAAACAGGAGAGCAGGGGUGUGUAUCAGUGUCCUGUCUACAACACCCGACAGAGGGGGCCCACCUACAUCUGGACCUUCAACCUGAAAACCAAGGAAAGGCCCUCCAAGUGGACUUUAGCUGGAGUGGCCUUGCUGCUGCAGAUCUAGGAGUGAGCCUAACCCUGGCCCUGUUCUGGUUCUGAUCGCUUUAGACAUUUUAAAGGGAGACUAAUAAUGCAGAUAAUGAGAAAUAAAACACAGCCUUACUCAAUUCAGUAUAGGCAGUGUGGUGUAACCAAUAGCAACCAAUAGCUUGUGCUGGCAAACACAAGCUCAUGUUUGCAAACAAAAAGAUAUACAGUAUAAAGCUUUGUGAGUACAGAAAUACAAUGAUGUGUAAGCCACUGUAAUGUGUCUGUGGAGAGAGCUGCCGGGCUUUAGCAGGAUACUUUUUGGAGGCCAUGCUACCUUUUGACAAGUUCUUGAACAGUCAGUAAAGCACCAAAGAGAAAAAUGUGCCAAUAUUUGUAUCUUCUCAACAUACAUUUUUCAUGUACGUUUGUGAGAAUAAUUCAGUUAUCAGGAAAGCACUAUAUGAAAUAAAUCUAUUAUUAUUUUCUUAUCUCAGAGAAGAGGUUGUAUUUUCCUCUCAAAAACAUUUGUCUGACAUUUGUCUCCCUUUUCAGAUUACAGUUUGUAUCCCCUCACUGUCGAGUGUAAAUCAUGUGUCUCCAGAUGUGUUGAUUUGAAUGUUAAAGAAUAAACUGAAGAAUGAAGUUC